AUGGAGUUCUUAGUGUCCAAAGGAGAUUAUAGUAGAUAUUUCAAAAGAUCUUUACUGCUACUUUUAGUGUGUAUAAUAGUUCUUGUGUGCACUGAUCAGGACUACUAUAGUUUACUUGGAGUGUCCAAAGAAGCAAGCAGUAGAGAAAUACGACAAGCAUUCAAAAAACUGGCAUUGAAGUUGCACCCUGAUAAAAAUCAGAAUGAUCCAAAUGCACAUGACAAUUUUUUGAAAAUAAAUAGAGCAUAUGAAGUACUGAAAGAUGAAGAUCUAAGGAAGAAGUAUGAUAAAUACGGAGAGAAGGGUCUGGAGGAUCAGCAGCAAGGAGGCCGUUACGAAAGCUGGCACUUCUAUCGCUAUGAUUUUGGUAUUUAUGAUGAUGAUCCUGAAAUUAUAACAUUGGAUAGAGGAGAAUUUGAUGCUGCUGUUAACUCAGGAGAACUGUGGUUUGUGAAUUUUUAUUCUCCUCGAUGCUCCCACUGCCAUGAUUUAGCCCCCACGUGGAGAGAAUUUGCUAAGGAGAUGGAUGGAGUAAUCCGCAUUGGAGCUGUCAACUGUGGAGAUAACAGAAUGCUUUGUCGAAUUAAAGGGAUUAACAGUUACCCCAGUCUGUAUGUUUUCAAAACUGGAAUGCAACCUGUGAAAUAUUAUGGAGACAGAUCGAAAGAGAGCUUAAAGAACUUUGCCAUGCAGUAUGUUACAAGCACAGUCACUGAGUUAUGGGCAG